UGCCGGGACUCAGCUGUAGGUUCUACCAGCACAAGUUCCCAGAGGUGGAGGACGUAGUGAUGGUGAACGUUCGGUCCAUUGCCGAAAUGGGAGCCUACGUCAGCCUGCUGGAGUACAACAACAUUGAAGGGAUGAUCCUGCUCAGCGAGCUGUCCCGCAGACGUAUCCGCUCCAUCAACAAACUCAUCCGCAUCGGCAGGAACGAGUGCGUCGUGGUCAUCAGGGUGGACAAAGAGAAAGGUUAUAUCGACUUGUCAAAAAGAAGAGUUUCUCCAGAGGAGGCAAUCAAAUGUGAAGACAAAUUCACAAAGUCAAAGACUGUUUACAGCAUCCUUCGCCAUGUUGCUGAGGUGUUGGAGUACACUAAGGAUGAGCAGCUGGAGAGCCUGUUCCAGAGAACCGCCUGGGUGUUCGACGACAAGUACAAGAGGCCGGGAUAUGGCGCCUAUGAUGCCUUCAAGCACGCCGUCUCAGACCCUGCAAUCCUGGACAGCCUAGAUCUGACAGAGGAGGAGAGGCGUGUGCUGAUUGACAACAUUAACAGGCGCCUGACACCGCAGGCAGUCAAAAUCCGAGCUGAUAUUGAGGUGGCCUGUUAUGGUUAUGAAGGCAUAGAUGCAGUAAAAGAAGCUUUGAGGGCAGGCUUGAACUGUUCCACGGAGAACAUGCCCAUUAAAAUUAACCUGAUAGCCCCUCCUCGUUACGUGAUGACUACUACAACGCUGGAGAGAACUGAGGGACUCUCUGUUCUGAAUCAAGCCAUGGCUGUAAUUAAAGAAAAAAUUGAGGAGAAGAGAGGAGUCUUUAAUGUGCAAAUGGAGUUUACCAUGUGUUCUGAUAUGUUUGGUUUUGGUUUUUUUUUUCAGCCUAAGGUGGUUACUGACACAGAUGAGACUGAGCUUGCCAGGCAGCUGGAAAGACUGGAGCGAGAAAAUGCUGAAGUGGAUGGGGAUGAUGAUGCUGAGGAAAUGGAAGCCAAAACUGAAGACUAAAUGUUCUGGGAUGUUUAGAAGAGAGACCGUGUGAAAAAUGAAAGACCCCACUGCAAACACUCUGGACUAAAUGUUUCCAGUAUUGAAAACUUCAAAUGCAAAUACUUGAAGUGUUUUUAAAAGACCAAAAUAUAAAAGGCUCUUCUAAACAACACUUGAUGCAGCAACUUACACAAAUUUAAUCCCUUGAGAGGAAGGUGCUUAGUCAAAUUCAACAUGUGGAUCUGGCCAGAAAGAGGUUGCAGCCCCAUGCUUAACAUUUUCAUACAUAACAAUUUCUAUUUGGUGAUUACAGCUCAGUGCAUUUGUUAGUGAUCUUUCCUGGGAGCACCAAAACCAUGCAAGCUGAACAGUUCUAUACAGAAUGUAUUUGAGCAAAUAUUCAAUAAAUUUCUGGGCUGUGUAA